GAUUAUAAUGAGAUCAAUAGCCAAAGUAAAAACAGACUAAUGAAUACAUAAGCAAGGCCCAUUUACUUCUACCCAAAAGUUUGUGCACUAAAAUUCCAAACAAAAUUAAAAUUGAAGUUUGACUGUUUGAACACUUUGGGGUUUCAAGGCCUACCGUCUUCCCAUUAAAACGGCACCGUAUUAUGCUUCAGCGACUACCUGUCCUCCGUUCCGUACUCGUGUUUCCGUACAUGUGUAGAACAAUGCCCCAUCAGGUUGAGUUGAAUACAAGCAAUGACACUUCUAUUGGCAAUCAAGAAGCCCCUGUCAGCAAAAAAACAGUUUAUAGGGGAAUAUCAAGUGGCAGUAAAGCCGCCCUUUUGAAACAUCUGGGUCUAAGUACCAGGCAGCAGCGACGCCCUUAUGCCUCAGCUAUGGCUACAAAUAACAUCACAAGUAGUUCCUUAUCUGGAACUAACGACCAGCCUUCUGUUACAACUAUGACUCGACAGGCUAGAACUUCUAGUUCGGAGAUGUUAGUUUCUUGUUCAGAGCAACCUCAGCACCCUCCUGUUGGAGAUGUUGAUCGUGAAAAUACAUGUUCUUUGCCAUCUGUGAGUUCUGGUUGUGAUGGCUCAGGAGAGGGAUCCGUGAAAGAGAGUAAUAAUUCGCAUGAUGUAGAGUGUUCAAGCAUAUUGGAAGAACUCUCUUUGCCGAAAAGUUUUGGAAAGCGUCGUGAGCAACCACAGUCCAAGAGGCCAAAAUCCAUCGAACAUAGUCUGAAAGAUGGUGGUAGUACUAGUAAUAAAUACUCCAAGAACAUGAGUUGUGUUCCUGCUGAAUUCUUCGACAUUUGCCAGCCUCAAGUUGAUGAAUUUGUGUUUCUGAGACAGUCUCAAGACUUUUUCGAUGAAGCAAAAGAGCCUGAGAUGGAUAAACUAGAUGAGGAGCCUAGGGAAAGAGUGCUGAGGCCUGGGAUGGUCUUGUUGAAGAGUUACAUCUCUGAUAGUGAACAGGUUUCUAUAGUAAGGAAAUGUAGGGAACUUGGCAUUGGUCCUGGGGGGUUCUAUCAACCUGCUUACAAAUAUGGAGCAAAACUCCGACUGCAUAUGAUGUGCCUUGGUCUUGAUUGGGAUCCUCAGACAAGGAAGUAUCAGAAAACAAGACGAAUAGAUAAGUCUAAGCCACCUCGUAUUCCCUUUGAGUUCCUUGAGUUGGUCGAUAGAGCUAUGCUAGAUUCACUUGCUCUUAUAAGGAAAGAUUCUGAUGUUUCCGAGGCUGAAGACAUCCUUCCUCAGAUGAAUCCAGAUAUUUGCAUAGUCAACUUCUACUCCGAGACAGGGCGACUUGGUCUGCAUCAGGAUCGAGAUGAGAGUGCAGAGUCUCUCAACAAAGGACUACCAGUAGUUUCUUUCUCGUUGGGGGAUUCAGCCGAGUUCUUGUAUGGAGAUCAAAGGGAUCCAAGCAAGGCAGAAACUCUGAUAUUAGAAUCAGGAGAUGUCUUGAUAUUUGGCGGUCAAUCAAGGCAUGUUUUUCAUGGUGUUGCCUCCAUCAUACCGGAUUCUGCUCCUUGUUUCUUAUUGGAAGAAACCAAGCUUAUUCCUGGCAGGCUUAAUCUGACUUUUAGACGAUACUGAUUGUCCUUCAGAUUUGCCUUUUUGGGUGAUCACAGUUAACUCUUGUAUGUAUCAAUGCUCUCUUUCAUAAAUAAAAAUGACUUGCUUUUG